CAAUAUCCAUCAUCAAAGAGUUAAUCAACAGGAUUCCAUAUCUCGUUGCUACGCGUCGCGAUAGCGGGUUCGCGAGUAGCUUGCAGCAGUACCAACGCGUGCGUCUUCGCGAGUACCGCCUGAACCCCGCGAAAACUUUUCGGUACGCUCUACGCUGGUGCACGAUACACAUCUCCGUCGGUAUACAGUGCUACCCCAUUGGAGUAUGAUUUAGCCAUCCCUACCACAGUACUUCCCCGAUUUCGGUCUUAUUGAGUUUCUACCCAACCGCUUGGAUGACGAGGAAAACGAAACAGAAGAAAAUGCCUGUCUACAAUAUCAUCACAAGGAGAUGUAAGGCUGAAGAUUUAAUAGAUGAUCUGCUGUCAUUGGAGUCGAGUUCUCUAGCCUCCGAUGGAUUUAAAGACAGCUCGCUGGGUGGAAAUGACCUCGGCAUCAAAAACGAACCUUUUCUUCUUAGUGACGCGGAACUACAUGCAUUGGCGAAAGACAGGCAGAAAAAAGAUAACCAUAAUAUGAUCGAGCGACGAAGGAGAUUCAAUAUAAACGACCGAAUAAAGGAGCUGGGUACAUUGUUACCAAAAAACAACGAUCCCUAUUACGAAAUAGUGAGAGACGUGCGCCCGAACAAGGGUACGAUACUAAAAUCGUCCGUUGAGUACAUAAAAUGUCUGAAAAAUGAAGUACAGAGACUUAAGCAGCAAGAAGCUAGACAAAAACAGAUGGAAAGUAUUAACAGAAGACUUCAACUCCGAGUACAGGAACUCGAAAGACAAGCCAAAUCACACGGUCUUCCAAUAUCAGAUUUCAACUGGCAAGAUAAUGGAAUCCCAGUCAGCUCACCUCAACCUUACACACCUUACAGAAAUCACCAAAGUCAACAGCUUUCUAUACCCACCGUCAUGCCAACGAUAGACAUACCGGAUCCCUGUCGAAAGAUGCCGGACGUGAUAUCAGAUGCAUUAUCAGAUGCAAUAUCAGACGGCUCCCUGAACCUGUCAACAAUGGAAGAAGUGAUGGACGACGACGAGCUAGUGUAUGGCGUGAACGGUGCUGGCGACCCUAUGCUUUCAUCCCCUCACACCCUUCCAGGAGACGCCUUACCAGGGGAUGUCCUUCUGUCGUCCCCUUCCCCUUGUCCAUCUCCAGCCCGCCCAGCUACCGGAGAUCCCUUGCUGUGUGAACAGAGGCUCCCUACGCCUACCCCGACCAGCCAUAUCGACCACGACGGGGACACGUUAGAUAUGGACAUGAUCGCAUGAUGGUGAAAUAGUCGAAGCAGGUCUUCGAACUACCCUAUGCAGAGGUAGUGACUGUAAAAAUUGGUACUCAGAUGUGGAUUUGGAGGUCCGAGUAUAAUGCAGUUCAACAAGCCGAAAGGUUCACGUUUCUAAACCUAAAGAACUAGUAUACUUUCCUUUAUUAAUCAAGACAUGAGACAAAAUAAUCCACAUGUCAAUCUCUCGUACGAAUUUAGAUCACAAAAAGAUUAUAUAUGUAAAAUGUUUUAAAGGGCUCCCCUAUGGAGAAACACAUCCCUAAACGACGCUACUGGAAUUUUUGAGAGUUCUAUGCAAGUCGACUGCGAUCGGCGUGAUAUCCAAGUGUCACACAUAGUAUUUAUAUGAUAACUAUUCUGUCUCAUAUCUUGACAAUAACAAAGGGGACUGUGAUGGUUCUAUUCAUGUGUCACGGACUGCAUUUGGUCACGCUUGUCAGAUUGUGCAACUCAUCCAACAAGAAUAAAUUAAAUGAAAAUCAAAUAUUCCACAAUGCCACAUCACUUGAAAGUACCGCAGUACCAAUAUCCAAUGUUUCUUUUAUUAAAUAAUAUGUAUACAACAGACUGUUGUAGAAUGUGUCCUCUACCAUUUUAAUGUUAUUAAACAUUUGUAGCCAAACUUAGUUGUAGUUAUGAAACGUAUCAAUAAAAUACCGUGAGAAAGAGUAAUUUCUGAUCUGAUAUUCGGAUUUGAUGUUACCAACAAGUAGUUAAAAGAGCGCAAAUGAAUAUUACUGCGAUCAAAUUUACGUUAUUGUAACAGUUUUUAGUUACCAAGCUCCAGUAUUAAACUAGAUCGAGUAUAAAUAAGAAUUAAUUAUUUGCAUAGCUUUAGCAAAUUUUAAAAAAUGCGUUGGAAAAAUUAUAGAUCACUUUCGUGCAUAGAAAAUGCACACAAUGUAUCUCCUACAAAAGUAUAUCUUUAAAUUAUCAUAGUGGGAAAAAGUCAUCUGAAAAUGUUCAAUUCAAACAAUAAAUGGGGGAAAUAAUAAAAUGUUUCUUCCUUUCUUAUCUUGCAGCACACUUUCCGAAAACAAAACUGAGAAACGGUAUGCAGAUUUCUGAAGUAACAAUUUUAGUCCAAAAAAGGUGAUUGCUAUAGCGCUCUUAGCUGAAAACAGGGUGAUAUUUGUAUGGAGGAUAUCUAAACUGAAUAUUAUUCAUUCAAGUUAUCUGUCUAUAACACUUGUAGUACUUUUGUGGAAACACCAGCUUCAUUCAGCCUUAGGUUUAUAUUUCAGUUUUAAGAUUUAUGAAUUUACGGCGUAAUUCAGUAGCGAAUUAUGAAUCCUUAAGAUGUACAAUUUUGUAAACCAUGCAGUGUUUUGUGAAUAAAAAUGAAAUCAUUAGAGUAUGUUACAGGGUAUCUCAGAAUAUGUUACAGAAAUACGAAAGUUUCAUCACAUAUUUCUAUCAUUGCUAAAAAAUAACAGAUCCAAAGUUAUGCAUAGAAACAUACAGUGAGAUUCAUAUACGACUCAUGUGAUACGUGUGUCAGAAAGAGAUAGAAGCACCUCGUUGCCUAGCAACCCGAGUGACGCAGCUACGGGCACACUCUUUCUAACAUAGUCACGUCAGCAAAAUUUGAACCUCACCGUAUAUCACUUUCAUAGGUUCUAUGAGGAUCUUAUGAAAUUACAUGUUUUGGAAAUCUUGACACCUUAUACAAACAAUGCCCAAAAAAAAUACUGCGAUAGAAACGUUCGUCAUCAAUUGUUGAUACGUCUAUAUUUGGGACACCUUGUACUUUAUUGAAAGCGGAAUGCAGUCCUUUUCAUAAAGCCCUCCUAUAAUUUUUUUUUGAACGUGUCAAAAGAGAAACCUCGAAUUUGGAGUGUGAAAAUCAAUACAGGAGUACUAUAUUUUAAUGUAAAAGUGAUAGUUGAAAAAUUUCAAGGCACCAACUGAUCGAGUGAUUCAAUGUAUAAAAUCGCUCAAUCUGCCAACAGAUCUUAGGGUUAUAAAAUACUAAGAAGCUUCAAAGAUGUGUUCCAAAAUGGGGGCCAGCUGCCAUCUUGGAAUUUACAAUUCUCGCUUUUACGCUUUCAUAUGGUAGCGGUGCAAAAAUUCCUUCUCUCCGAAUUUAGGCUUGCGAAUCUGAUCCAUUUGAAAAAACGACUGGAGCGACCUUUUUGGAAAAUCACUGUAUAUCCAGAUUCUUUUUAUUCAUAACGAUUAAAAAUCGUCUUCACAUUUGAGUUAUAUGCUUUAUUUGUAACUGUGAAAUAUGUAUCAAGGUGACUUAAAGAGUGCCUAUUAUUAGCUCAAAUUGUUACUCGUAUUUUGUUGUAAAAAAUUGGAUAUAAUAUAAACAUGAAAUAAAAUGUGAUGUAAUCGGGCAUAUAAACGUCGUUGUUACUAUGUUUUAAAUUAUGUUAAGACAAUGUAACAUUUGAAACUUAUUCUGUGGUUUUCAUGUCGAUAGUCCCCCGUAUUUCAUUGUACUGAAGGUCACCGUCGUGACCGAAACGUUGAUAAUAAAGAUUUUUUCGACAGAUCUGGUUUCGAUUGGCCAGAGAAAUAUGGGGGAUUAUGUUAAGACAGUUUUGCGAGAUUAUUAUUGUUUCAAAUAUAUAGAUUUUAAAUUCUGUCUAAAA